UACGCUCCUCUUUCUUAUUCACAGUUAACAGCGUCACACUUUUUUUCACAGUCCUAACCGCCGGAGUUAAAACUCCCCUCUCCAUUAACUCAACAACAAGUAAACGGCGGAUUCAGGCUCUAACUCCGUCACCGGAACCCUAGGUUUUCAACAUUGACGACGAUGAUCUCCAUCAACUCCACCGAAUUGAACUACCUGGUCUUCCGUUACCUCCAUGAAUCAGGCUACACACAUUCAGCUUAUGCUUUCGGAUUCGAGGCGGGGAUCAACAAGAGCACGGUUGAUGGUAACCUAGUUCCGCCUGGUGCACUUGUUACGUUUCUCCAGAAAGGCCUUCAGUUUCUUGAGCUGGAGGCGGACUUAGGCAAUGAUUUACAGAGUGAUGCGGAUAUGGAGGAUGACUUUUCGUUCCUGCAACCGUUGGAUUUUAUCACAAAAGAUGCGUAUCAAUUGCAGAAAAUUGUUAGGGAAAAGAAGGAUAGGAUGAAUGCUGCUAACAAUGAGUCCAAGCAGGAAAGCGAAAGGGAAGUAGAGGUGGAGAGAAAAGAAGAAGAGAUUCGAGACGAUAAGUCGGAGAAGCAUAGGGAGCAGGAGAUUGGUAAAGAGGAGGAGAAGUCGAAUCAGGAUCGAAGUGAGAUGGAGCCUGAAGAAAAUGGAACUGGUGGAGGGGUGGAGCCAAUGGAGACCUCCCCGAGCUCAACGGUCGUGCCUGUUGAAAUUCCUAGUAGUGAUGUCAUAGUUCUAGAAGGGCAUACCUCAGAGGUUUUUGCUUGUGCAUGGAGUCCAUCUGGUUCGCUUCUUGCAUCUGGUUCUGGGGAUUCAACAGCUCGAAUUUGGACCAUUGCCAGUGGAAGUUGUAGAUCUAGCAUUCAAAAUGAACCUGCACGUGUGUUAAAGCAUUUCAAAGGGAGAGCCAACGAGAAAAGCAAGGAUGUGACUACACUUGAUUGGAAUGAUGAUGGAACGUUACUAGCAACAGGUUCCUAUGAUGGGCAAGCAAGAAUAUGGGGUAGAGACGGAGAGUUAAUGACUACUUUGAUCAGACAUAAAGGGCCAAUCUUUUCUCUGAAGUGGAACAAAGAAGGUGAUUAUCUUCUGAGUGGAAGUGUGGAUAAAACUGCAAUUGUGUGGGACAUAAAGACUGGCGAAUGGAAACAACAGUUUGAAUUUCAUUCAGCUCCAACUCUGGAUGUUGAUUGGCGAGACAAUACUUCUUUUGCAACAUGCUCUACUGAUGGUACGAUACAUGUUUGCAAGGUUGGAGAGAACCAACCAAUUAAAACUUUCUUAGGCCAUCAGGGUGAAGUUAAUGCUAUUAAGUGGGAUCCGACCGGCUCAUUAUUGGCUUCUUGCUCUGAUGAUCAUACAGCAAAGAUAUGGAGUAUGAAGCAAGACAAAUAUUUGCAUGAUUUGAAGGAACAUGUAAAGGAGAUAUAUACCAUCCGGUGGAGUCCUACAGGACCUGGCUCACAUAAUCCAAAUCAACAAUUAGUGCUAGCAAGCGCUUCCUUUGAUUCACGCAUAAAACUAUGGGAUGUGGAACUAGGGACACUUAUCUACAGCUUAUAUGGCCACAGGGAUCCGGUAUACUCUGUUGCAUUCAGCCCUAAUGGUGAGUACUUGGCCAGUGGAUCUAUGGACAAAUGCAUGCACAUAUGGUCUGUGAAGGAAGGCAGAAUCGUAAAAACAUACACUGGAAAUGGUGGAAUAUUCGAAGUUUGUUGGAACAAAGACGGCGAUAAGAUAGCUGCUUGUUUCGCUAACAAUAAUGUAUGUGUUGUGGAUUUCCGAAUGUAGAACAUUUUCUUUCAAUUGGUGUAGGCAUGUAGCUUCCUAUUAUUAUAGAUGACAAUGAAAAGCUUUCUUGUUUCGUAUAUACUAUCCAAAUCAAGGUUUUGGGGACAAGUUGUGUAGUGCAUAGCUGCACCUUGCUGAGAGCCUGAGAGUAUGAAAGUUUAAUAUCCAAUUUUCCUAUAUUGCCAUUAGA